UGUGCAUGGUAUGUUUCAGAUUUAUUCAAUUGAAAAGGUAAAUGUGAAAAAUUUCCCAGCAUACCACUAGAGAGCGCUCGUGUACCACUGGUGGUACGUGUGCCACAGUUUGAGAACCACUGCUUCAAGUCAUUUUCUGAAAUGACUUAAAUAAAUUACACAUUUGAUAAAACUUUGAAUUUAAUGUUUAAUAUGCCAAACAUGAAUAAAGUAAUUAAACUGACUUAGUUUUUUAUUGUUUUUUCUUAACAUUUACUGUAAAUGUUCAAAAUAAAUACAAAUCUACUUUGAGCUUUCUUUACACGAUAAACAUUGGACCGAUAACAAAACAAAAUUUAACUAAAAAUGGAAAAUAAAAUAUCCAGUCAGAUAAAUGAAGCCUUUUUUUAAAUGAUAUUUUGACAUUAAGCAGUUUGUACAGCAAAUGUUCUACAAUCCAAGACCAACAUCUAAGUCUUCACACUGAUGUGUGACAUCAGCUCUAAGACUCAUCUCCACAUGACUCCACAUAAGUGUGAAGAGUUUUCUCAGAGUGUGAAGAACCAGGCAUAGUGCACAUCCCAGAUCCUCCUGAACCCAGAUCAGGUUUGAGGUCAGACAUGGGUGGGCCGUCGCUCCAUAUUAGGUUUGUUGUUGCUUUUUCAUAUCACCCACCUCAAACCCCUGUCUGCUGCCACAAAGACAGAGCUCACACCGAAUCACUGUGGCCGUAGCUCACAGCACGCAGCAGCUGUUGAUCCACUGCUAACUACACAUCACUAAGUAAAGUAGUUGAUGUGACCCACUGUUGAUCCUACCAUUGAUCCUAGUGGUACCAACUGACCACCGGAGGCAGCAGUGAAGCAGCAGCUGCUGUGUUCCUGUCAGUUAAGAUUUUUUUCUACAGAUUUUGGUGGGAAUGUGUGACGUUAAAUUCCUGCAGUAACCAUUUGAACCAGCAGGGUCGCGCUCAACUACUCACAGUUGCAGGGGACAUAGGUUCACAUGUGAAGUGAGAUAGAGGGAGAGACAAACGCAGGGCAGUGGACUUUGUGUCUGGAUCUGGGCUGGUCCUGCGUCUUGAAUUUUGUUUCUGGUUCUUGGUUCUGAUUAUGGCUCCCAGGAGAAUGGAAACCAAACCUGUGAUGAUGUGUGUGAAAACUCUACUGAUGUUCUACUCCUUUAUCUUCUGGGUGACAGGCGUGGUUCUGCUCUCUGUCGGCCUCUGGUGGAAGUUUAUGUUGAGCCCGUACAUGCUGCUAAUAUCCAGCGCCCCUUCUAAUGCUCCAUAUGUUCUUGCUGGAACGGGCUCUGCCAUUGUUCUCUUCGGUCUGUUUGGCUGCUUCGCCACCUGCAGAGGGCGCCCCUGGAUGUUAAAACUGUAUGCUGCUGCGCUGUCUCUCAUCUUCAUGACGGAACUCAUCGCAGGAAUUUCUGGGUUCAUCUUUCGCCACGAGAUCAAAGAGACGUUCCUCAGCACCUAUAGUGAAGCGGUGACCAACUAUGAUGGAAGAGAUGACAGAAGUUUAGCAGUGGACGGUGUCCAACGCCGGCUGCACUGCUGUGGUGUGUAUAAUUACACUUCCUGGUUGAGCAGUGUUUACUUUCCUACCGCUGGAAUUCCCUCCAGCUGCUGUGUCACUCUGUCUGACUGCAAGGACGCAGACUUGAGGGAUGCCAGCAGAGCAGUCAACAAAGUCUACUCCCAGGGCUGUUAUGAGCUGGUGACGUCCUUUAUCGAGAGGAACAUGGGGAUUAUUGCAGGUGUCACGUUUGGAAUUGCCUUUUCCCAGCUAAUUGGGAUGUUGCUGGCCUGCUGUCUGUCUCGACUCAUUAUUGCUAAUGCCUACGAAAUGGUGUGAGGUAUAAUAUGAAAACUUCAGAGGCGGAAUCAACAGCUUCAGUGUGAAGUCACGUGAUGCAGCCAACAGCCACUCUGAGCAGCAACAAUGUGACAAUUCCUCAUGAGAACAAACUACGUUUAACACCAAAGUAAAUUUGUCUAAACAUCAUUUUAUUUUGACAACUGUGAGUUAAAUUGUUGGAAUUAAAUAAAGUUGAUUAUUAAUUGAACUGUUUCAAAAUUUAAAUGUUCAAUUUUCCCUAAUUUAAACUUAUUUCAUCGCAUUCAUUUUUUUCUUUGUUCUUUUUAUUGUAAUUUUAUUUAUUCGUGAAAUUU